AUGGGACAUGGAUUCUGGGUGGAUGCGGCCUCCACCACCAUCUCCAAGAAGAGAAAGUUCGUUGCUGACGGUGUCUUCCGUGCUGAACUCGGCGAGUUCUUCACUCGUGAGCUCGCUGAAGAGGGUUACUCCGGCUGCGAGGUCCGUGUCACACACGCUCGCACUGAGAUCAUCAUCCGUGCCACCCACACCCAGGAGGUCCUCGGCGAGAAGGGCCGCCGCAUUCGCGAGCUUACCGCGCUCGUCCAGAAGCGUUUCAAGUUCCCAGAGAACUCCCUUGAGCUGUACGCCGAGAAGGUCCAGAACCGUGGUCUGUCCGCUGUUGCACAGUGCGAAUCUUUGAGGUACAAGCUUCUCGGUGGUCUUGCCGUCCGCAGGGCAUGCUACGGUGUGCUUCGCUUCGUCAUGGAGUCUGAAGCUAAGGGCUGCGAAGUCAUCGUUUCCGGCAAGCUCCGUGCUGCUCGUGCCAAGUCCAUGAAGUUCACCGACGGUUUCAUGAUCCACUCCGGUCAACCCGCUCGCGAUUUUGUCGACUACGCUGUCCGCCACGUCCUCCUCCGCCAAGGUGUCCUCGGUAUCAAGGUGAAGAUCAUGAAAGCCUGGGAUCCAGAAGGACGCCUCGGCCCUCGCAAACCCCUUCCCGAUACCGUCACCAUUAUCGAGCCCCCGAUCGACAAGCUCAUCACCGAGCCUCUGUCGGAACAGAAGGGCCCACAGGAGCAGGCUAUCCCCCCACCGGCACCUCAACAGCCGGUGGAAGAGCAGCUAGUUCAGGAGUAGACCGUUAUUCCCUGGCUUUACGCGUUACGUUUCUUUGUCAUGUUCUACCUGUGAAAAAGCAGAGUGUUCUGCUACAAUCAUCUUGAUGGAGUGACAUAUAUGUGGG